AUGUCGCAUGGAGAAGGGCAAAGUUUUUCACUCGAGGUACCGGUGGUGCUUCCUCAUGAGAAUGUCUAUCAGAUCCAGGUUGGAUAUAAGUUGUUUAAGCUAAGUGGUGUCUCGUUGUCUUCUGAUUCUCCGUCAUACUUUACGGAUUAUUUUGCAAGGAAGGAGGCCGAACGUCGAGAGCGUGGAGGAAACUUGUCUUCUGAUGUUCAAGAUAUCUUAUUUAUUGAUCGCUCUCCCGAAGUAUUUGAACUGAUAUAUAAUCAUCUCCAAGGUUAUUGCAUUAAUGUUAAGGAUGAGUAUCAGUACACUAUGUUGUUUGUGGAUUCCAUGUAUUAUAAUUUACCGCGCCUACGUCAUCUGCUAAAAAACUCAGACUAUUACUUUGCAUGUAUAGGCGGCAAGUCAUAUAAGAUACCCAAAAACUUGCUCAGUGGCCCUGGAAACUCGCCAAACUAUUUUGAUAUUACCGUGGACGCGCUAUAUGCUGGUCUGGAGAAAGUGUGUCUCUCGUGUAAGCCAAUUAGACCGCCUCCUCAAUCCCCUCCAUACGUAGCACGGUCUCCUGCAUUAUUUGAGGAUUUGAUGGCUUUGUUAAAUGGUGUAGAGCUCACGCUGGACGAGGGAAAACGUGUUUCACUCAUUAAAGAGUGCAGGUUUUACCGCUUAUGGGCUUUGGAGCAGAGGUUACUGAAACAUAAAAUCAAGUAUGAUCCGUACUAUAAACGCGAUCUCAUAGUUAUGCUGCUCGGGGAUUUAUGCAGCAAAGGUGUGGGCUUGACUAACAAGGAGAAACAAUCUCUUGAUAUGGUGGAGUCCAAGAUUUGUGAAGAUUAUAGGCGUGAAGAGUCCAGUUGCAAGAAACAGCGACUGGCCUGUGAUUGGGCUAUCUUUACAUAUGCACGCCCUUAUUUGGACCAAUAUCCUCGAGAUCUUAUAUUUGAGAUUGAUGGUAUGGACUGCGUUGUUUAUUUUAACAAGCGGAAGAAGACGAUUCAUGUACACAUACGAGGUCUAUCCGCUCGUCAGUUUAUUAAUGUAUUUUCAGAAGUCCUCAAACCGGCCAAUAUAAACAUUGAGAAGUAUAGAGAUGCGAUGAAUUUGGACGGCAUUCUCAUUCCAUGUUGUGUUUCUGUUUCCGACUUGAGUAUUAACGGUGUUAAGUACACCAAUAUUUGUUCCAUUAUAGAUGAAAAUAAUGUAACAGACAAGAUCCCUGAUUUUACUUUGGGCCAUGGAACAGUUCCAGGUUUGAAAUUAGUCCUAAUGAAAUCCAUGUGGAGGCUAGCCACUAAGGAUGGCGGACUGUUACUUGUCUGCAUUAGGGGCGAUGGUAUUACCGGAAUUAAUGAAUUCCAUCAUAACAUUGAAUAUUUGUAA